AUCACACUCGCGUAUAAAAUAGCGUACAUGAGGAAGUGACAUUGCAAGUGCAAUAACGCCAUAUACUGAGCUGAGCUGAAACUUUGCUUGUUGUCAGAUCAUUUCAUUUAUACAUAUAUCAGAUAUUAUUUACAAAUCAUGGCAUACCCGUCACCUGCCGGUUGGAACCCAGCGAUGAGCAGUAGCUGUGCCGCUCACUACCCUACUCCGGGGGCAGUUUCUCCGCAGUUGUGCUACCCUGAGCCAGGCGCAGCCCAGCCCUUAUUAAACCCUAGCAUUCCUUUCCUGGGUCAAAUCCCCGGAUGUAUGAGACCUGGGACCAUGGUAGUCAUACAGGGAAGUGUUCCCCCAAAUGCCGACAGGUUCGCUAUAAACUUUCAGAUUGGUGCCAGUACUAAACCACGUGCAGACAUUGCAUUCCACUUUGCUGCGCGAGUCAAAGCAGGACAUAUUGUUAGGAAUACGCUGACAAACGAGAAAUGGGGUGCCGAGGAACGUGGCGUGCCUUACCAGCCAUUCGUACCUGGUCAAAACUUUGAGAUUAUGGUCCUGGCUGUCAAAGAAGAAUUCAAGGUUGCUGUCAACGGUCAGCAUUACAUUACGUAUAAACACCGUGUCAGACCUCUGAAGAAGAUCGACUAUCUUGCUAUCAAUGGUGACGUCACAAUCACCUCCGUCAGGUUCCAGGAUGAACAGGUUGAAGUCACAGGAACUCGUUCAGCUGUGGCCCCGACAGGACCAAUUGUUAACCCUUCAACUCCUUAUGUUGGAGCGAUUCCGAAUGGAAUGUUUCCUGGUAGAAUGGUUAUAAUAAACGGAACUGUGGCUCCCAAUCCAACCAGGUUUAUGGUAAAUUUCCAGAUUGGACACAGCCAGGGGAAGGCGCAUGACGUUGUAUUCCAUUUCAAUCCACGAUUCCCAGCUAACGUCAUCGUCCGAAAUUCCAGACAACAACAGAAAUGGGGCCCAGAAGAGAGAACUGCUCCUUAUUUUCCAUUUCAAGCGAAUACUAAUUUCGAAAUUAUCAUAUUGUGUCAGAAUGACUGUUACAAAGUAGCCGUCAAUGGCAGCCAUUUGUUGGAAUAUCGUCACCGAAUUGCUUACCAGCAAGUUGAUACUCUGCACGUUGGCGGCGAUGUUCGUAUAAACCAGAUACGUUAUCAAUAGAUCAUUUUGUCGAGAGGCUGGUCUCAAAUUGCAAAUAUUGAAGACAAUAUUAACUAAAAUAAUUAAACACUAAUCAGCUGUACUUUUCUAUAUUUUUUACAUUACAUACAUAUGGAUUUUCAAAUACCUACUUAAUCUAGUGUAUAUUGGCGUAUAAAUCAUCGUUAAAUUAAAAUUGCGAAUGAUGUACACACCCGAAACCCUAAAUUAGAUCAAUCUGAAUAUUUUGGGUAACUACUUAAGCGAAAACUGGUUGCCGAGUGCAUAUCGUUCGAUACUUCUGUCUUGCAACACUUCACAAGAUGGCUGCCGCAAAGUUUACAACUGACCGUGGAAUUUGAAACACGCUGUGCUUAUGAACCUAGUUUAUACGAUAUGUUACGACAACUGAUCCCACAUAUAAUUCUAAUUUACUGUGUAAUACUACCAGAGAAAAUUAAAUAAAUAUACAUCGUACUAUUCAAGGUGA